UCCUCAAUUUCUCCGCUGCUCUAUUUACUCCAACCUUUUCCUCCCCUUUCCGCGCCGAAUCGUUUGGGUCCCCAAAACCCUCUUCGCCGUUCUCAUCCCCACCGCUACCACUUUUCGUGACUACAUCUCGAUCGCAUCUCCUCAACUUUACUUCCCUCGGUUGUUCUGGGAAUCGGUUCUUCGCUGGUCGCCGCGGUCGCACUCCUCCGCCAGAUCUCCUCCUUCCGUUAAGUGUAUGCAACUGGUUAGUAGCUAGAAAUUGUCUUGAGAGAAGUCACCCUGGAAUCAGCAUGGGUAUCUACCUAAGCAGUCCAAAAACUGAGAAAUUUUCUGAAGAUGGUGCCAAUGCCAGGCUUAGGUUUGGUUUGUCAUCUAUGCAAGGAUGGCGUGCAACUAUGGAAGAUGCGCAUGCUGCUGUGCCGGAUCUUGACAAUUGCACAUCAUUCUUUGGCGUUUAUGAUGGUCAUGGAGGAAAAGUAGUAGCCAAAUUCUGUGCAAAAUACCUGCACGCUGAAAUUCUCAAGUGUGAGCCUCAGUUGGGUGGUGAUUUAUCUGCUUCAGUACAAAAAGCAUUUUUAAGGAUGGAUGAGAUGAUGAAAGGACAGAGAGGAUGGAGGGAAUUAGCUGUACUGGGGGACAAAAUGGACAAGUUCACAGGUUUAAUUGAAGGAUUGAUAUGGUCCCCAAGGGGUGGUUAUUCCAGUGAACAUUUAGAUGAAUGGGCAUAUGAGGAGGGACCACAUUCUGAUUUCUCUGGACCGACAUCUGGAAGCACAGCUUGUGUGGCAGUCAUUAGAAACAACAAACUCAUUGUUGCAAAUGCUGGUGAUUCUCGUUGUGUACUCUCGAGGAAGGGUCAGGCAAUUAGUUUGUCAACAGACCACAAACCAUAUCUUGUUGAGGAGAAGGAAAGGAUCGUAAAAGCAGGUGGUUUUAUUCAAGCAGGACGAAUAAAUGGAAGCUUAAACCUCACUAGAGCAAUUGGCGACAUGGAAUUCAAGCAAAACAAGUUUUUACCUGCUGAGAAGCAAGUUGUGACAUGCAAUCCAGACAUAAACAUUGUGGAGCUAUGUGAUGAUGAUGAAUUUCUCAUUUUAGCCUGUGAUGGAGUCUGGGAUUGCAUGACAAGCCAGCAACUAGUGGAUUUCAUCAAUGAGCAUAUAAAAACGGAGAGCUGCCUGUCUGCAGUCUGUGAAAGAGUGUUGGACCGGUGUCUGGCCCCAUCCACCAUUAGUGGAGAUGGAUUGGACAACAUGACGAUGAUACUGGUGCAAUUUAAUAAGCCUAUCAGACCUGAUGCUCCUCAUCCAUAAAAAUGAUGAUGCUGGGGUGAGACUGAAGCUCCAAGUGAUCCUACUAUCCUGCUGUAGAUUUUAAGUGUGUUGUACAUAGCAAUACAUCAUCUUGAAGGUUAUAGCGUAUACAUUUGGACAAAUCAUCAUAUGGCACUGAAUUAGUUGUGGGCGAUCCCAAAGUUCCCAUCCUUAACCCGAUAGUUAGUAUCGAAUGUAUAAAGCAGUAUUCAUUUGGUUUAUGGAGUGCCUUAGAACUAAAUGGUUGACUUUACUCUUCUCA